AUGAGCGUGACUAUAAAACGCAUUCAACCACGACGAGUCAAAAGUACGCUGCGAAGACCUGACAAGUUCUACGUUUAUGAUGAUGAUGAGUCGGAUCAGAGCUCUAACAAAACUUUGACGGCCGAAUGCGCCGACCACAGCACGCAGACCAAGGCAAAAUUAAUGGACUGGAAAAAAUACCACAGACUAAGCGUAAUAUACGCAUUUAUAGAAGAGCUAGAAAGAGACUACCCAGCAAUAUGUACUGUGUCUGUGAUUGGAAAGUCUGUUGAAGGAAGGGAUAUUAAGAUGCUGAAGAUAUCCAACAGCAACGCAAACAACUCUGGAGUAUGGCUGGAUGCUUGCAUACAUCCCCGAGAAUGGAUCAGUGUAGCAGUCAUCACUUAUAUAGCUGAUAUGCUCGUCAAAAAUUUUCAUACACUUUCUUCUGCUAUAACUAGUAAAGAUUGGCAUAUAAUACCAGUACUAAAUCCAGAUGGUUAUGAAUACACGCAUACACAUGAACGUAUGUGGAGAAAAAAUCGUGCGAGCUAUGCAUGGGGCCAAAGUAACGGCGAAGAAGGCUCAUCAGAUGAACCAAGCCAUGUUUUCUACAGAGGUCCAGCCCCAUUUUCUGAACCAGAGACGGUCGCAGUAAGGGACACGAUUUUGGGAUCAGUGACACCUUUCAAGGUGUUCAUCUCCUUCCAUAGUUACUUCGAGCUGAUCAUCUUUCCAUGGGGCAACAGGCAGGAUCCGUGUCCCGACUACCUGCAUCUAUUGGAGGGCGGCACUGUUAUGGCAAGGGCAAUACAUGAAACGUCCGGGAAGACAUAUAAAGUUGGAAGCACUAAGGACCUCACCUACUACGCGUGUGGGACCAGUAUAGACUGGAGCUAUUCGAUAGCGAAGAUACCAUACUCCUAUAUGGUAGAGCUUAGGAGUAAGCAACACAAGUUUAGACUUCCGAAAGACCAAAUAAUUGAAACUUGCAAAGAAAUUUGGCAUGCUGUCAAGAGUUUGAUGGACUAUGUUGAUGAACAUUGA